GACAAUCGAGGUCUACUACGGAUCGAAAACCAAUACCAAAAACGAGUUCCAUAUACACUUUAAAUCCAUUUCUUGAUGAGCACAAAGUACUGCGGAUGCACGGUAGGAUCAGCGCUUGUGAGUAUGUUACCACUGACACCAAAAACCCAAUAAUCCUUCCUAAGGGCAACCACAUUACCAUGCUGGUUAUAAAAGAUUAUCAUGUCCGUUAUCAUCAUCGAAAUCACGAAACUGUGUUAAACGAGCUGCGUCAAUCAUUCCGCAUCCCAGGAUUACGAGCACUCUACAGAAAAAUUAGAACGAGUUGCCAACUGUGCAAAAAUCAGCGAUCGUAUCCACGCCCACCAUUGAUGGGAGAUUUACCAGAUGCAAGAUUGGCGGCGUAUGCACGACCAUUCUCCUAUAUUGGCAUAGAUUAUUUCGGUCCUUUAGGCGUGCUGGUGGGGCGGAGAAGUGAAAAAAGAUGGGGCGUGCUAAUAACAUGCCUAACAGUGAGAGCAGUGCACUUAGAAAUAGCCCAUUCGUUAAGUGCAGAUUCGUGCAUAAUGGCAAUCCGAAAUUUCAUGGCGAGGCGAGGAGUUCCGAUAAAAAUAUACAGCGACCGUGGCACGAAUUUUGUGGCAACGAAUAAAGAGCUUGAAAAAGCUCUCGAGGACAUGGACCAAGAGCGAGUGAUGAGAGAAAUUAUUAGUCACCAAACUGAAUGGGUAUUCCUCCCUCCUGCUUCCCCACAUAUGGGAGGGGCUUGGGAGCGACUCAUCCAAACAGUGAAGGCGAAUCUACUGCAGAUGAAACCUGGACGAAACCCAACCGAUGAAAUACUACGUAACUGUCUAAUGGAAAUCGAGAAUCUUAUCAACUCACGUCCUUUGACGCACGUUCCUGUGGAUGAGCCGGAUGCACCCGUUCUAACACCGAAUCAUUUCAUCAUGGGAUCAUCGAGUGGACUCAAACCAGCGUUUAGUCUUGACGAUAACUCUGUUGUGUUACGGAGGGCUUGGCGUGCGUCACAAGUAGAAGCGAAUAUUUUUUGGCAACGCUGGUUAAGGGAUUACCUUCCGGAGUUAACAAGACGAACAAAAUGGUUUGACGAUGUUAAACCAAUAGAGGAGAACGAUAUAGUGCUAAUAGUGGAUCCAGCGCUGCCGCGCAACUGCUGGCCUAAAGGACGUGUGAUUGGAGUUAAUCGAGGAAAGGACAACCGUGUAAGGUCAGCUACAAUUCAGACAGUGACCGGCAUCUACGAGCGCCCUGCAACGAAGAUCGCUGUACUUGAUGUUCGAAGCGAUAAGGAUGUAAGCCAGAUGUACGGCGUUACCCGGGGGGAGUGUCACGACCCCUUGGUCGGCGCUUCUCACCAAGGCGAUUACCACUGAUCUACUAUGAUCGUGUAUGUCAUAAAGACAGGCGAAAGAGAUAGAUGACAGUUACGUUAAGGGGAAGACGGGUAAAAAGAAAACAAAUUAAACACAUGUGAAAAGCAGUGAAUUAUGAAAUUUGAUAUUUUCUAAUUAUAUACCUACAAAUAUUAUUUAAAUUCGUUAUUACCGUCGCUAGAGCUACGUAUAGAUAACACAAUAGGGCAGUAUUCUACGGAAUCAAUUGUCGAGCGGAUUGUAAACAAUCUUAGUAAAACCUAAUUGUGAGUUGAAACAAUUAACCUAAAUUAUCUAUUUAUAAUUGAUAUAUGCAUUGAUUGUUAGCGACAAAUUCAAAUAAUUGCACGGAUAAGCGGUCCAUAUUAUAAACGAAGAGUGACGAGAAAGACUAAAUGUGAGUAUUUUUUUUGAAGAUUAUGACACUCAACUGAUCCUCUGUAUUCGUAGGAUAAUUUUAACUCUCGCAAUAAAGGAGAUUAAAAUAACAGAAGACGUCUCGUUAUCUUUCUUGUUGACCAGGAAGUCAACAUAAGUGCAGUGCGUGUUUUAGUCGUCGGGAAAGAAAUAAAGUAUUUUGUGUUCGGUGGCUCAUGCGCAUGUCGCGCGCGGUCGAAAAAAGCGAGUUCUUCAAUAGUUUGCUGUAGCCAUCGAACAAGUGAGUACAGAGUGCUGCGCUUCCGUGCGGUCGUCCAAAAAGCGAAUCUCCUUAGCUUUCAUAUGCCACCGGGCGUGCAUGUUUUUUAACUCGUAUUAGUGUCAUUUCCCAUCCCAUAGAUCGCAUCGCUUACCAAAGUGAAUCCAGAUAAAUUAUCCUUUGUAACUAAGACGAUAUCCUAUCCCAAGACAAUCGUGGAGAUGCAGAGGUAUACUCGGUCUCUAGUAGCAACGAGAGUCGGACUAACAAUCCUUCCAUUCCUAUAUGACCGUAAGGACGUGGCCAGCGCCGUUAUUGACUUUAAAUAUUUGAGCUCCCGAAACGUGUACAUUGAGAAUGGGUAGCUAAUCCCAAGCCCCAUUCAUUGUGUUCUCUGUACAAUUUCGCAAGUUCAGUCAAUCACGGAGUAGCAACUACGAAUUGUGCGGUCAUAAUGCUCAUGAAAUACAAAUAUUAUUGACUAUGCUUUUCUGAAAAAAAAAAAAUCGGG